UCUUAUUUCUCUCCCUAUAAAUUCUCAAUCAAUCUCUCCCUCAUAUCUCACCAUCUCCACUCUGUUGCUAGUAGAAGACCCAGCCCAGCGAGGACUCUCCCAGAAUGUCUCAGCCGCUUUCAGAUCUCCUUAACCUUAACCUCUCCGACCACACAGAUAAGAUCAUCGCCGAGUACAUAUGGAUCGGCGGAUCUGGUAUGGACCUCAGAAGCAAAGCCCGGACCCUUGCUGGUCCGGUCAGCGAUCCAUCCAAGCUUCCCAAGUGGAACUAUGACGGGUCGAGCACCGGCCAAGCUCCCGGGGAAGACAGUGAAGUGAUCCUAUACCCCCAGGCAAUAUUCAAAGAUCCAUUUAGGAAGGGCAACAAUAUCUUGGUGAUGUGCGAUGCAUACACUCCUGCUGGUGAGCCUAUUCCCACAAAUAAGAGACACAAUGCUGCCAAGAUCUUUAGCAACCCGGAUGUCCUCAAAGAGGAGCCAUGGUAUGGAAUUGAGCAAGAGUAUACUCUCCUCCAAAAGAAUGUUAAUUGGCCACUAGGAUGGCCUGCUGGAGGUUUCCCUGGACCCCAGGGACCAUAUUACUGUGGAAUUGGAGCUGACAAAGCUUUUGGGCGUGACAUUGUUGACGCACACUACAAAGCAUGCCUUUAUGCUGGGAUCAACAUCAGCGGUAUUAAUGGAGAAGUGAUGCCUGGACAGUGGGAAUUCCAAGUUGGUCCAUCGGUUGGAAUUUCAGCUGGUGAUGAGGUGUGGGUGGCUAGGUAUAUUCUCGAGAGGAUUGCGGAGAUUUCUGGAGUGGUCGUCUCAUUUGACCCGAAACCAAUUCCUGGUGAUUGGAAUGGUGCCGGGGCUCACACAAACUACAGCACCAAGUCAAUGAGGAAUGAUGGUGGAUUUGAAGUGAUUAAGAAGGCUAUUGAAAAGCUGAAGCUGAAGCACAAGGAUCACAUUGCUGCAUAUGGGGAGGGCAAUGAGCGCCGUCUGACCGGAAGGCAUGAGACCGCUGACAUUCACACCUUCUCAUGGGGAGUUGCGAACCGUGGUGCGUCUGUUCGUGUGGGACGUGAUACAGAGAAGGAUGGCAAAGGGUACUUUGAGGACCGGAGGCCAGCUUCCAACAUGGAUCCCUACGUCGUAACCUCCAUGAUUGCCGAGACCACUCUACUUUUGAAAGAAUAAGCAAAUCUUUGCAAGUCUUUGUUUAUUGUGUGUGUGGGUUUUUUGUUUGAAACAGAAACCAACCAUUGUUGUAUUUUCAUCGGUUAGUAGGUUAGCUUUCGUAAUUCAAUAAUGCUUUAUGCUGUCUUUUUUCUCGUUAGCGGUAUAUUGAUGAACUCAAGGGGCAACUUUUUUUGUCACGCUUUAAGAAUAAUAUAUAUAUUUCUAAAGGAUUCAGUGAUUUGCGGUGUCAUACUCCAUUACUUAAGUUCUUGGCGCUUUUAAAAUAAUUACUUUUCC